UAUAAUUCUUCAGGUGUCACAAAACAAAAACACAAACAGCAAACACUGUACACACACACUCUCUCUCUCUCUCUGUGUGAACGGAACGAACCGAUUUAAUACUAGGAUGGAUUCUCCCCCUCGCUCCGCCGUCAUCAUAGUCGGUGCCGGAAUCUCCGGUAUUGCUGCGGCCAAGGUGUUGGUGGAGAACGGCGUCAAGGACGUGGUGAUUCUGGAGGCGUCGGAUCGCGUCGGCGGCAGGAUCCGCAAGGAGAGUUUCGGCGGCGUGUCGGUGGAGCUUGGAGCCGGUUGGAUCGCCGGCGUCGGCGGUCCCCUGUCCAACCCCGUUUGGGAACUCGCCGCGAAAUUCGGCAUCCGCACUUGCUUCUCCGACUACAGCAAUGCGCGCUACAACAUCUACGACCGCAGCGGGAACAUCAUUCCGAGUGGAAUCGCUGCUGACUCGUACCAAAAAGCGGUGGACUCGGCGAUUCAGAUGUUGAGGAAUCAGGAAGAAGAGGAAGGAGAAGAAGAAAAAGCAAAUCAUGGUCAUGGUCAUGGUGACGACCGUUUUAAUAGUAAUAGAAAUAAUAACGAAUCGAAACGGCCUUCGACGCCGGAAACGCCAGUAGAGCUCGCAAUUGAUUUCCUCCUGCAUGAUUUCGAAAUGGCUGAGGUAGAACCAAUAUCCACCUAUGUAGACUUUGGUGAGAAAGAAUUUUUGGUUGCUGACGAAAGAGGCUACGACCAUUUGCUGUUCAAAAUGGUUGAAGAAUUUCUCUUCACAUCGGAGGGUAGAGUUUUGGAUAAUCGCCUCAAACUAAACAAGGUUGUCCGGGAAUUGCAGUAUUCAAAAAGUGGCGUUACAGUGAAAACGGAGGAUGGUUGCGUUUACGAAGCCAAUUACGUGAUUCUGUCUGUUAGCAUUGGUGUUCUCCAAAGCGACCUACUCGCCUUCAAUCCACGCUUACCCAGGUGGAAAUUGGAAGCCAUCGAGAAAUGUGAUGUGAUGGUGUACACUAAAAUCUUUCUGAAGUUUCCGUAUAAGUUCUGGCCAAGUGGACCCGAAAAGGAAUUCUUCAUCUAUGCUCACGAGCGGAGAGGCUACUACACAUUUUGGCAGCACAUGGAGAACGCCUAUCCUGGCUCCAAUAUCCUAGUCGUGACAUUGACUAACGCGGAAUCAAAACGUGUGGAAGCUCAACCUGAUGAAGAGACCUUGAGAGAAGCUAUGGCAGUGCUCAGGGAUAUGUUUGGAUCAGACAUCCCUGAUGCCAUUGAUAUACUCGUUCCUCGCUGGUGGAAUAACAGGUUUCAGAAAGGGAGCUACAGCAACUACCCCAUCAUUUCCAAUCAUAAAGUUUUUCAUAAUAUUAAGGCCCCUGUAGGUCGCAUUUUCUUCACUGGGGAGCACACUAGUGAAAGAUUUAAUGGCUACGUACACGGUGGAUACCUCUCAGGUAUCGACACCAGCAAAGCGUUACUGGAAGAAAUGAAAAAGGAAAAAGAAAGAAAUAGUGAGAGCCAAACUCUGUUGUUAGAGCCCUUGCUCGCUUUUACAGGAUCUUUAACAAUGCCCAAAGCAGAAACUGUCUCCAAUAUCCACAAGUGCGAUAUUCCUACACAAUUAUACCUCACUGGCAAUCUUGGGAGGCAAGAGGCCAUCUUGUAACACUAUGGAACUGUACAGAGUCACCUUCAAGUUGAUGCAUACUUUAUUCAUCGAGGAAUUUUUGUGUAAACGUGUCCCAAGACCGUUCAAGUCCAUGAUGCUGCCAUGGUUAAUGUACACUUUCCAAUAAGUGUGAAGGUGAGGAGAAGAAGUGUUGGAGCAUACGCAGAUGUUUCCCAUUUCAUUAUUAAUGAAGCAUGUUAGGUUUUUUUUUUUUAAGGGAAUUAAUUAAUUUAAUUGGUAUAAAUUACGAUUACUUUGUUCUUUAUAGUCAGAAAGAAGAAAAAUUACAUUGUAAGCAUAAUAACAGUUGUGGAUCCUAAUUUUUUACUAGUUAAUGAUAUCCAUUUAAAUUCUAU